GGCGAGGCAGCAAGCAGCAUUGACUUUUAUAGUCACAUGGAACUUACUGGUGCUUAGUUGUGAAAUGUCAGAUUAUCACUGUGUUUUGAGACGCUUGGUCUUCUUUCAAGAAUUUUUUGGUUUUAUUAUAGUUUAAGCCAUUACACACUACGUGAAACAGCCAUGAGUCGGCAGGUGAAGACACUGUUCUCAUGGGACACAGAAUUCAGUGCAGACUCUGCUGAGUUUUGUCCUGUUGAGCCCUUCCAGGACAUCCUGGCUGUGGGCACCUACCAGCUUGCUGACCCUGAUUAUCCUGAGGGUGCUGAUGCCACCGACCUUCCUAAGAAGAGGCUUGGGAGGCUGUACUUGAAACAAAUGAAGGACAAGUCACUAGUCUUGUUGCAACAGAUUGACAUGCCAGCCAUCCUGGACCUCAAGUGGUGCUGUCACAGUGUGCAAGGAAAUGUUCUGUUGGCUGUUGCAAAUGCAGUGGGCCAGCUAAUUGUGUACAGGUUAGAUUUCAGUGGUGAUCUUGGCCCAUGCCUCACACUCAUAUGCCAACACAAUAUUGAUGAAACAAAUACUCUAGCUUUAUCUAUUGACUGGUCUACUCGUAAAGAAUUUUGUGAUGAUCCAAUGAUUGCCAUCAGUGACUCUAAAGGUAAAAUUACACUUAUAAAACUGUGUAAUGAAGAACUGAAGCUACAGCAAAGAUUUCCAGCCCAUGAAUAUGAAGCUUGGAUAACAGCCUUUAACUACUGGAACACAAGCAUCCUCUACACUGGGGGAGAUGAUGGAAAGUUUCGCUGUUUUGACGCACGAGAAGAACCAGCAGUGGCAUUGUUCACUAACAGAAGCCAGCAUAGUGCAGGGGUGACAAGCAUCCAUGCCAGCACCAGGUCUGAGUUCACAGUGGCCAGUGGUAGCUACGAUGAGUGUGUGUGUCUGUGGGAUACUCGGAGAACCAAAUCCCCCGUGUCUGACCUUAACCUCGGUGGUGGUGUGUGGCGACUGAAGUGGGAGCCUGGACCUGAAAAUCUCUUACUGGCUGCCUGUAUGCACAAUGGCUUCCAUGUUGUGGACACCUCUAGCUCAGCACUCCAAAAUGUGGCUUCCUUUGCUGGGCAUGAGAGUCUAGCUUAUGGGGCAGACUGGUGGUGGCCUGGCUCAAAUGGAACUAGUAGAAUAGUGGCAUCAGCAUCUUUCUAUGACCACCUAUUAUGUUUAUGGGAAUUCUCAAUAAACUGAAGUACCAUACAUGAUGGCAUCUCUACACCUAGUCUUCAUGUUUCCUUCAGGUGUCAUUGUAUCAGGGAUUUUUGUCUCACAUCAGUCUAUGUCUAAGGUGCUCAAGGUAAAAUUGUUGAUUUUCUGUUUGGCAGUUAUGAUGAUACUUUACUGGUCUUGGAGCAACUAAUUUCUAAUGUCUAUUACUGGCAUUCCAAUAAAAUUGUUUGGUAUUAAUAAAGGUUAGUUGAACCAUCACUCAUACAACAAUCUACAAAUAUAGCUUAGCUGAAAAUAUUAUAAAAUGUCAAUAAACUUGCCAAAAUUGACAAAAUGAGAACACCAAAAAAUAAAUAAAUAAAACCAAAUAAUAACAAUUAUAAUUUGUCACAGCAUACAAGUACUAUGUGAAUUUUCACUGACCAGGAUCAGUACAUACAUUAAGGUUUUCAACAAUAGUAGUUUAAAAAGAACAGAAACUGAAACUAGACUUUGAAUCUUAUAAGAAUGUAUCAGUGACCAGAAAUGGGAAGGACUUCAGUGGAUAUUAUUUUGGCCUAGCACAACAAUGUCUAUUAAUCAUUUUAAAAUUCUCUCCUCAUGCACAAAGAUGCAUUUCUUUGUUUUAUAUUAACUGCUAUGUAUCAAACAUACAAUAAAAUAUGUGAACAAAUCAUGAGGCAGACCAAAGACAGACAGGUUUUCACUUGGGUUGAAUUUGCCUGCUAUAUUUGGUAAUUCCAUCUGGCUGAAGUUGACAGCAACUACCAUGUGUCCAAAAAUACCCACAUACCAAUUUCAUUACACUGAUUUCAUGUAGCAAGAAAGAGAACAUAUGAAAAAAUAAUAAAAUAAAUAAAUAAAUAGAACCAGUAACUGAAUAAGAAA